AUGGGCUGCAUUUGCUCAAAAGGAACCUCAGAACCAGAUCAUAUACAGGAUUCUAAGAAAGUGGAAGAUAAUUUGAAGGAUUCGGUUCAAUUGGUUGCUCCAACUCCUUCAUUAAGAGAGGACUUUGUAGUAGAUGCUCGUGGUGAUGCAUCAAUGCGUUUGUUAUCGAGAAAUGCUUCCAGGGCACACGGCAGAAUUAGCAAUGUGUCUAAAGAUCUUGAAGAUAAAUCAAAGGUCGAGAAACCUGGGAUUGCUAAUCAUCAGAGAUGGGCAACAGUGGAAAUGGCAGCCAAUGAAAAAAAAGCGGCAAUGUCUAGGUUAGUGAGCUUGCCGCUCGGUGCAGAAGCCGAAUACGCAGCUGCAGGAUGGCCUUCGUGGCUAACUUCAGUUGCCGGAGAUGCCAUCCAAGGGUGGGUUCCUCGCCGGGCAGACACCUUUGAGAAGUUGGACAAAAUUGGACAAGGAACUUAUAGCAGUGUAUACAAGGCUCGUGAUCUUGAAACUGGUAAAAUAGUUGCAUUGAAGAAAGUACGGUUUGUAAAUAUGGAUCCAGAAAGUGUGCGCUUCAUGGCUAGAGAAAUUUAUAUUUUACGCAAACUUGACCAUCCAAAUGUAAUGAAGCUCGAGGGUUUAGUUGCUUCAAAAACGUCAUGCAGCUUAUAUCUUGUGUUCGAGUAUAUGGAUCAUGACCUUGCAGGUCUUGCAGCAACACGUGGCAUCAAGUUUACUGAACCACAGAUAAAAUGUUUAGCACAACAAUUGCUUAGCGGCCUUGAACAUUGCCACAGUCAAGGUGUCCUGCACCGUGACAUAAAGGGUUCUAAUCUUUUGAUUAAUAAUGAUGGAGUUCUCAAGAUUGGUGAUUUUGGUUUAGCUACGUAUUAUGAGCCUGAUCAGAAGCAGCCAUUAACUAGUCGCGUUGUAACUCUGUGGUACAGGGCACCUGAGCUUCUGCUUGGUGCCACACAGUAUGGCCCGGCAAUAGAUCUGUGGAGCACAGGCUGUAUCCUUGCGGAAUUGUUUGCUGGAAAGCCUAUCAUGCCUGGUAGAACAGAGGUGGAACAGAUGCAUAAGAUUUUCAAGCUCUGCGGUUCACCAUCUGAGGACUUCUGGAAGAAAACAAAAUUACCACAUGCAACCAGUUUCAAGCCUCAACAACCUUACAUGCGCCGCCUUGCUGACACCUUCAAAGACUUCCCUGCUACAGCAUUUGCUCUUGUCGAUAAACUCCUCGCCAUAGAAGCAGAAAAUCGAGGAUCUGCAGGUUCAGCCCUUCGAAGUCAAUUCUUCACCACGCCACCCGUAGCUUGUCAUCCAUCAGCUUUACCACAAUAUCCUCCAAGCAAGGAGUUCGAUGCGAAGCUUCGGGAUGAAGAAAAAAGGAAAAGAGAGGAUCCUGUUAAAGGGCGUGGUCCUGAAUCUGUUAGAAGGGUAUCAAGAGUUGCCAAGGUAGCGCCAACACCAGAUUAUAAUGCCCAAGGAAUUAUCCAGCAGGGUAAAAACCCGAAAUCCAUGGGUUACAAGUACAUGCCUCACCAGCAAGAUAGUGUCUCUGGCUUUGCAAUGGAAGCACACAGAGGAGCUAGACAGAAAGGUUAUUCCCAUUGUAGUUCAGUGGUACAUCCUAGUAGCGCAGUAGGAUCAUCAUUGAAUAAGACGACAGCUUCUACAAAAAAUAAGCCAGAACUAAGAGCGCAGAUAUCUCACAAGCCUCAAACGGCAACAGACUUGUUUAAGAAUGACAGAUUGUUUGUCAAAGAAUCAGGAAUGGGCUACGUAACAAAGAGCAGAAUCCAUUGCUCUGGACCGUUGGUACCUCCAGGGGGCAACAUUGAAGACAUGCUCAAAGAGCAUGAGAGACACAUUCAACAGGCAGUACGUAAAGCUCGUGCACGCUGA